CCACUCAACAGGCAAAUCGUAGCUGCCGAGCUCUCGCCACUCCGUUUUUCGCUUGCAGACGACGCAAGAACCGCUUAUUACCGGUGAAUAAAAAGCGUUACGAAGAGCGAAAACUCCCGAUAAAAUAAGCGUGACGAUAGUAAUUUUGCGUAAAUUGGGGUGAAUGAAAAGUGUCAUGAAGUGUGAGAGUAUCACGCGGCGAUAACGCGGUGAAAUAUCACCAGAACAGCAGACAAGCGCGAAUAACAAUUGAACAUCAAAUCGAAGGUAGAACCAAUAUCGGCUGAUCGAGUGUAAACAGACUCGAGGAUGGCUGCGGAAUCGCGUGGUGCUGGAAACACGAAGCCUCUUGUUCCGCUAUUCACCAAAGCCUCGGACUGCGUCCACACGAGUUGCUACUGCGAAGAAAACGUAUGGAAGCUAUGCCAGGACGUCGCCACUAGGCACGGCCCUGAAUUGCAACAUUGCUACGUCGCUUUUAUCAGCAAUCCUGGGAGAAGCGUUCCUCUCUGGCGUCAGAAGGCUGGCAAGGAUGAGGAUCAGCUUGUCCUUUGGGACUAUCACGCAAUAUUAAUCUACGCACCUGACGACAGAGCGGUGGUCUACGAUCUAGACAGCGCUCUUCCAUUUCCGACUCAUUUCUGGAAAUACGCAACGGAAACGUUCAGGUCCGACGAAGCUUUGCGCUCCGAGUACCACAGGAGAUUCAGACUAGUCCCUGCUGCGACGUACCUGCAGCAUUUCGCCUCCAAUAGGCACCACAUGAAACGAGAAGACGGCACAUGGAUCAAAACCCCUCCUGAAUAUCCUCCGAUCUCUACUCCAACCUGCAAGGAUAAUCUGGACACUUUCAUAAACAUGGAACCGGGAACGGGUCUCGGAAGUAUCCUAAGUCUGAAGCAGCUGGUAAAUAGAUUUUACAGACCCAGUGUUCCGACCACUUCUCCGCCGCAGCAGCAGCAGCAGACUCACACAACGCCGACUUAAGCGGAACGUUUUAAUUGUCGGCAAGGCGUUUUGCCGUCGCGCGUUGAUAUCUGAAAUGAAGAAACGAUUAAUUGGGUCUAAAAAACGUCCCUGGUUCAGGUGAAAUUUCUCAACAGUCGAGUGAAAAAUAUGCAGUCUGAUAGCGUUUACCAAAGUUUGACGUCAGGUUCGAUAAAAGGGGAUAAAAAGCUGGGGAGUUUAAACAUUUCAUUAAUACAAAGUAUAUUUCUAAAAUCAAUUCCACGCCUUAAACGAGCCUUUUUUUUAGCAAUGUAUGCAUGAUGCUUUUUGCUGUUAACGUUGUCGAUGAAGUAGACAGUGUUUUGCUUAAAUUGCGUUAGUUCAAUUCUAUGAACGAUUUAUGCAAUUAAUCAUUGCGCAAUAUAUGUUUAGAGAGAUUACAGAUUUUUUACUGUCAAUAUAUACACAUUUAGUGUGCUUUUAAACGAGACUCUAAUUUCUUCAGCUGUGUUUCACCAAGACUUUUUUCUUACCAUUGUGUACAUGUACUUUAGGAACUAAUGAUUCUGCUUUUCGGCUAAAGAUACGUUUUUACGUUUGCAUUAUAAAUACCGAACAUCACACUUGGUUCUUAUUAGUUGCAACCAGAGUUCGUUUGUUUUUUGUUCUAGUUACUGCAUUAUUGCAUGAAAGACUGACGUGUCUCUAGUGACAAUUUCGUGUAUCAUUAAAAUUACGAUUCUUGCUAGUUACCUGUAUGCUUAAUUAUAUUAUAUUUACCAUACCUGUUCGAACGAAUUCGAGUCCAGGUUUUAGCUGGCCAGUGAAUAAAAUGCCUAUCACGGCAAAAUUAUUACAACGACUUAUAUGCAAGUAUGUCAAUAUUUACAAUACUUAUUAUCACUUUAAAUAUAAAAAUCAGCCCAAACCUGAGAGCAGCUUUUUUCCAUUAGAUCUUCAUUUACGUAGCUCGACACGCAGUGAGCUGUAAAUCGAUAAAAUAUUUAUAAUUAGAUAAAUAAUGAUUAAUCAGCUACGAAUCUUUACCAAGUAUUGCUGAUUUCAAAAGUUCAAUUACACUUUCAUACUAUAUACAAUUUACUACUAUUGUCGUAAUUUAACGUGUUCUAUCACUUUUUCUACAGCUUUAUGUAGCUGAACUCAGCACUCCACUGCGUUUUUUAUAUCGUGCUACGUGCCCUACUUGACCAAUUUUUAAUCUCGUAAUGAUGAUAAUAAUGAUAAUAACAAUAACAAAAAAUUCAAUUUUUCUCAGAUUACACAUUUUAUCAAUGCGUUCAUGCAUUAACUAUUUGCACGUUGGAAAGUAAAUAAUAUAUAUUUAUUCCGAUGUCUAUGGAAAAGGGUAAGUAAAUCAGUUACCUUUUACGCGCCGAUGGUAAAUUGGUAGUAAAACUCUGUCUUUAAUCAGGGACAUCAUCCAGUUUUCAUGGGUUUAACUGUGGCAAAAAGAGAGAGGUCUAAAUAAAAUAUAAACGAUAUUGUGAUAUAUUACAACUUUCUACUUUAUAAAUACCUUGAUAAAUACUUGUACAUCUAUUUAAAAAUUAAUUUUGAAAAAUAUAUCAAAAACAAAAAAAAAAAUUAAAAUAAUCUCUAUCGAUGGUGCAUGUGCACGCAUUCGCUUGUUGGUGAAAAAAAAAUAAAUAAAAAAUAAGAAGUAUUCACGUCAAAAAUAAAUAAAAAAAUUUUGUUCGCUCUAAUAUCGUAUUCUAAAGUAUCUGUUGAAUGUUAUACGUGAAUCGAUAUCCGAGGUACUAUAAAAUUUUUAGAUCUUAGAGUUAUCUUAUUCAUAUUUUCUGUAAUAAAUUUCAUCAGUGUUUCAAUUGCUUGACACAACUAUCAUUAACAAUUCAAUUAUUCGCUUUGUAUUUUUUCUUUCAUUCUAAUCGUCACAUGAUCAACACUCGUAGGACUUACACGAUGAAAGUUGCAUAGCUUACAACGCGAUAUGAUUUAAUAGGAUUGCGAUGAAAAUCGACCAAUACCGACAUCGAAACAGAAAAUGAAUAAACAAAUAAAUAAUAAUAUUCAAUUAACGAAUGAAAUAUAUUUUUUAACCGACGAUUAUACGUAUAAUGUGUAUAUAUAUAUAUAGACGAAGCGACAACGAAAAUUAAAAAAAAAAAAAGAAAGAAAACAAACUACGGAAAACGAGAAUAUACCAAACUUCUAGUCUCUAGCCUACUACACGUACAGCAUUACUAAUUGAAAUUGCGCAGGAAUUAUUCGAGCGACAAAACGACCUCCUAUAAUUAUACAACAUUUGUAUUUCUAUAUUCUAAUUCUUAAACACUUGUCAGCAAAUUUCGCUCAUACACUUUGAUUUUCUAUAUUUCGCCAUUAAGAAGACAGAUUCUUUGCAUACAAAUGACUGUAAGUCAUCAGUAGCGCAUAUUGAAUGAAAACUAUGUAUCUAGAAUAAAUAGAAUAAUAAUAUUCAUAGAGCUGUGUCCGCUUUUCGCGUUAUACUGUUUUACAAUUAGCGGCCUAUAAUUGAUAUUCAACUAACAAUGAGUUCUACCAACAAGCGAAUUACUUAUGUACUAUAAGUAUGCAUGUAUGUAUGUAUGUAUGCAUGUAUGUAUGUAUGUAACUGUCAGCCUGUAAUAACGAUAAUUGGGAUAACAACUGUCUUUAAAUGGUUUCUACUCCAAGCUGACGAGUUUUUUGAAGUGACUUAUUACCGUACUAUGCGACACGAGCAAAAAAAAAAAAAAUAAUUGAUCGUCCACUCUUUGCCUUCCGAUACUUCUUCUUAAUCAAAUCCGCUAUAUUAAUUAUUACGGAUAGACGUAAUACCUACCUAUGAAUAAAUAUUAAUCAGGAGCACAAAAUUGUAUCCAUAUCACGGAUGCACUAUAAUCGUAAUUACGUUGCGUAUGCCCUAAUAUCGCUUAGAACAUUUAAACUCAUCUCAAUUUAGACUUAAUUGAAUCAAUUAUCAAAAUGUACGUAUCAAAGAAAAAAAAAAAAAACAAUUAUGUACCUACUUUAACGAAUCGUGGUAUUCUGCGUUCUGAAUUAAAUAUCACAAUUUACCUUUAAUCAAUUCCAAACAUUUCGUAUUCUUCCUACUUACUAUAUGGUGUAUAGAAAUUAGUCAAAGUUGCAAUUUAAAAAUUUUUUUUUCAUAGUAUCAUAAAUCACACCGCCUGUCACUUUUUAUUGACAAUUUAAGAGAAGAAAGAAAAAGGAAUGGAAAAAAAAUUACCUCGAGUCAAUGAUGCGUGCAGUCAAGGCUAAAAUGCAUAUUGUAUUGUAUAUUAUAGGCACCGACUUUCUAUCAUGGAAAUCUUAUGAAUAAUAAAUAUUUCUUUGAUACAAAAACCAUAAUUAUCAUCAUAUAUAUAUAUAUAUAUAUAUAUAUAAAUUAUACAUUUUGUUCCAUCUUUGAAGCUACGAGUCCUCUUCUGUAUUCUGUCUUAUACCUGUUAUUCUCCAGCACUUUGCAAACUCGGUGCCUAAUAUCUUCAAUAAUUACUCACAUGUACUGAUAAUCAAAUUAUACCUAUAUCCCGCUUUAUAUGGAAUAAGUAUAUUUGUGUAUCGCUUUGU